GUAGAAAGGAGACCAAGACUUUUCAAUUCAUGUCACGCAACGUUAUCAAUUUAUUACUAAGGAGACCAAUGCUCAAAAAUGGCCCGCCUAAAAUUAAAUAAAUUAAAUAAAACAAAUAAAAUAACUUGAUAGUUGGCGGGGGAAGAUUGUUAUAAAUAUUGAGCAUUGCUUGCCAUCAUCUUCACAACAACAUUCCAUCCUCUUACACUCAAAAACACCAAACCAGAAUACCAAAAAUGGCCGAAGGAGUUCUCUUUGAUAUUGCUGGGGAGAUCAUUCAGAAGCUGGGUUCUCGAGCCUUCCGCGACAUUGGAUUGUGGUGGGGUCUCAAAGAUGAGCUUAAGAAACUUAAGGCCACAGUCUCCAGUAUUCAGGCUGUACUUGUUGAUGCUGAGAAGAAGCAAGCGCUAGAUGAGCAAGUCAAAGAUUGGCUUGGAAAGCUUCAAGAAGUUGUUUAUGAUGCUGAUGACUUGCUAGAUGACUUCGCCACUGAAGCUCUGCGGCGCCAAUUGAUGACUGGAAAUAGGAUGGCAAAGGAGGUAAGCCUUUUCUUUUCGUCUUCGAAUCGGCUUGUUUAUGGUUUUAAGAUGGGUCAUAAAAUUAAGGCGAUUAGGGAGAGACUAGAUGCCAUUGACGAAGAUAGGAAAAAGUAUGGACUUCACCAUGUGGAGCGUCCAGAGGAGUCAUUAUAUAGUAAGGGAAGGAACCAAACUAUCUCAUAUGUAGAUGAGGAACAAGUCAUUGGGAGGGAAAAUGAUAGAAAGGCAAUCAUAGAUCUUUUGUUAGACUCUAAUAUUGCAGAUAAUGUUUCAGUCAUUCCCAUUGUUGGGAUUGGUGGGUUAGGAAAGACCACAUUAGCUCAAUAUGUUUUUAGCGAUGAAAACGUCAAAACUCAUUUUGAGCUGAAGCUGUGGGUUUGUGUCUCUGAAGUCUUUGAUCUAAAAGUAGUAGUAGAAAAGACAUUGAAAUCAAUUGGAAGGGAACCCGGAAACUUUGAAUUGGAUCAAUUGCAAACAAGUCUUCGAGAUGAAAUCAGGGGAAAGAAAUAUUUGUUAGUGUUGGAUGAUGUUUGGAAUGAAGAUCUUCAAAAAUGGACUGAUUUAAAGGCAUUAUUGACGUGUGGUGCAAGAGGAAGUAGGAUCUUAGUGACCACUCGUUCCGAAAUGGUUGCAGCAAUAACUAGUGGCAAAAAGACACAUUAUUCUCUAAAGGGCUUAGAUCUAGAUAAGUCUUGGUCUUUGUUUAAGAAAGUAGUGUUCGAGGGGAGAGAGCCGGAGAGUCCAAAAGUGAAAGAAAUCGGAGAGCAGAUUAUAAAGAAAUGUGUUGGAGUUCCCCUUGCAAUAAAGACAAUUGCAGGUCUUUUAUACUUUAGAGAUCCAGAAAGAGAAUGGUUGCCUUUUUUAGAAAAUAAUCUUUCAAAAAUAGCUCAAAAUGAAAAUGUCAUUUUAAACACACUUAAAUUGAGUUAUGAUCAUCUCUCAUCACAUUUGAAGCAUUGUUUUGUAUAUUGUGCAUUAUUUCCCAAAGAUUAUGUGAUUGAUGUGAAAAAAUUAAUUCAUCUUUGGGUUGCCCAAGGGUUCAUUGAGCCAUCAAAUUCAAGUCUAUGUGUUGAAGACAUAGGGCUACAGUACUUUACAGAGUUGUGGUGGAGGUCUUUUUUUCAGGAAGUAGAGAGGGAUGAAUUAGGCAAUGCAGCAUUUUGCAAAAUGCAUGAUUUGAUGCAUGACCUUGCAACUUUUGUUGCUGGGAAUGGGAUUAGCAUAAUAAAUUCUAAAGAAAAAAUUGUUGAUGAAAAUGUCCGUCAUGUUUCAUUUGCCCUCUGGUUAUAUUCAUCCCAACAAUUUCCUGUUGGAUUAAGCAACGCGAAAAAAUUGAGGACAUUUCUUUUGCCACGGCAAGGCUUUUCUAGAGAUGUAAUUGCACAUGUGUUGUCAAUUCCUGCAGUUAUUGUUCCAAACUUCAAAGAGUUGCUGGUGUAUGAUAUCGGUCAGACAACAAUUGAAAAGGUGCCUAGUUCCGUGAAUAGGCUUAAGCAUCUAAGAUAUCUUGAUGUUUCUAGCAAUAAUGAAAUUCGGACACUUCCAAAUUCUAUUACGGACCUGCAGAAUUUGCAAGUGCUAAAUGUCUCCUCUUGUCAUUGUCUAAAGGAACUGCCUAAAGAUAUUAAAAAACUGAUUAAUCUUAGGCAUCUGUAUUGUCGUGGUUGUUGGUCUUUGACCCAUAUGCCACGUGGGCUUGGGCAAUUGGCUUCACUUCGAACGUUGACACUGUUUGUAGUGGCAGAAGAUAAUUCAGUGGCAAAGAAUGUUGGAGGAUUAAAUGAAUUGAAUAGCCUCAACAAUUUGAGAGGAGGUCUUGCAAUUAGAUACUUGGGAUAUGUGAAAAAUGGGAUAAUAAAUCCUAAUUUGAAAGGGAAGUCGCUUCUUCAAUCAUUGACUUUAUAUUCGGAUCUACAGUAUGGUAAUGCAAAUGUUGAUAAUGAAGAAAUGGCAUUCCAAAGUCUCCAGCCGCAUCCUAAUCUUAAAGAGUUUGUAGUGUGUAAGUACAGAGGCACGAGGUUUCCAAGUUGGGUUUCUUCCCUCGCAAAUCUUGUCAAUAUUAAGUUACAGUGUUGCAGAUGUCAGCAUCUCCCACCACUGCAUCAAAUCCCUUCUCUUCAAAACUUAGAGAUUUGGAGAUUAAAUGAUUUAGAAUACAUAGAAACUGAGGGACAAGGAACUACAUUCUUUCCAUCCCUAAAGUAUCUCAAGCUCUAUUCAUGUCGUAAGCUGAUAGGAUGGCGGAAGAAGACAGAUGAUGAUGACAGUGACGAUUCAACAACCAUAUCAAUAUCAGAGCUACUCCAAUUUCCUCGUCUUUCUCAAUUCAUUUGUUAUGGUUGCCCUAAUUUGAGUUGGAUCCCUCAGUUUCCAUCUAUUGAUGAAUUUUUACGAUUGGAGAAAGCAAGCAUGCAACUUGUGCAGCAAAUAUUCACAACAUCAACUUCUUCUUCUUCUUCUUCCUCAAUCGUUCCUCCUCUCUCUAAAUUGAAGAAGCUCAUUAUUUGGGACAUUGAGGAUCUCGAAUUUCUACCUCCAGAUGGACUGCACAAUCUCACUUCUCUUCAACAAUUAGAGAUUAAGAGGUGCCCAAGAUUAACAUCUCUGCCUCAAGAGAUGCGUUCCCUCACCUCUUUACGAGAAUUGACAAUUAGUGGUUGUCCCCUGUUGAGCAAAAGAUGUGCAGAUAAAAAGGGUGAGGAUUGGCCUUUUAUUUCUCACAUCCCAAAUGUUCAAGUUGAUGACAAGAGAAUUCAAUGGGAGGGUUGCUAUCUACUAGAGGACGAAGAAAAAUCUUCCACCACAUCUGAAAAUUGAAAUGAUAAGUUGUGAAGAUUAAUUGCUGCCAGAUGAUUCAUGCAAAGUGGACAGCAGUAAAAACACAAGCAAUAAUAUUAAUUUGUAGGCACCAAUUUCACUUGUCGACAUUUCUGAAAAUUCUAAUUGAUAAAUUGAUAUCUGGCACUAAUGCUAAGGGCACUUGGAAGGUAGUUUCUUGAUUCGCUUAUCUGAUUAUUUUUUAUUUUUUAUUUUUAUUUAUUCUCUCCAUUUUCUUCCUGUAAAAGGAAUGCUGGUUAUAGAACAAGACAAGAUAUGAGAAACUCCAGAGCUGCAAUUACAACCUCGCUUCUAUUCCAAAUAUGUUAGAAGUAGAAAAUAUUUAGUGGUAUGGCAUAUUUCAUCGUGUUCUGUUUCUUGUCCUUUCCAACAUUUUCCAGUACAUGAAUAAGUUGAACAAUAUGCUGAUUUUCAUACCAUUUCAUUAUUAUUUGAAUUUUAGAAUCUCUGUAGGAGUGUUUUGAUGCAUGACCUUGCAACUUUGGCUUCUGGGAUACGCAUUGGCAGUAGGUUCCAUGGUUAACUUUCUUCCCUCACAAAUCUUCAACAGUUAACCAUUUUGGGAAUAGAGUCUCUGCCUUGACAGAUGUGUUCUCUCACCUCUCUACGAGAAUUUGAAAUUAAUGAUUGUCCCCUGUUGAAGGAAAGACGUGGAAUAAAAAGUGUGAGGAUUGGCCUUUCAUUUCUCACAUCUCAAUUACUAAAGUUGAUAGGAAAAUAAUUCAAUGAGAGAGCCCCUAUCCACUAUAGGGCGAGGAAAAAUCUUCCGCUGCUUCUGAGAGUUGGUGCUUUUCUCUUCAAUAGGAAAAUCUUAUUUAAUUUUUUUUUUGUCUGAAAUUUAACAGUCUUAUUCUUUACGCACAGGAAAUUAUAUUACAAGUUAUGAAGAUUAAAUGCCUAAUAAUUUAGCCACCAUAUUCUGUCGGAAAUCAGCAAAACUAAAAUUUACUCUGAAAUUUUUGUGUUCUUGUGUUCUUGAUAAGUGACAUGAUAAUGGACAAGAAACCAACAUAAGAUGUCCUGGAAGCAAUUUUUUUGAUUGGCUUGACAUAAUAUGCAUUUGAAGAUCAUAUUCCACGGAAGAAUUUCCGCACAUCCGAUUACAACUUUGGGUUUUGCUGCCAGAUGAUCCAGGCCAAGAUAUUUUUGCUUCUUCAAAAACAAGUAUAAGUUCUAGAGAAGAACUUUUAAGUCAUUGAUUCUGUGUGCAGUGGACAGCAGUAAAAACAUAGUGUAUGGACGCUAUUUCAAUUCCGUCUUCAAAACAAGUAAUACAAAGGACGUUGGUUAUACAACAAAACAGGAUAUGAGGAACCCCGGAGCUGCAACUGCAACCUCUCUGCUAGUUCAAAUAUGUUAGAAGUAGAAAUAUUUAGUGUUAUGCCAUAUUUCUUGGUGCUCUGUUUUUUGUCCUUUUCAACAUUUUCUUAUACAUGAAUCAGUUGAACAAUAGACUGAUCUUCAUACCGUUUCAUUAUUAUUUGAAUUUUAGGAUUUGAGGGUAUAGAAUCUCUGCUGAGGGCAGGAUAUGAACUCUAUCUAGGAGUGUUAUACUGUUUUUAUUAUGAAUAAGGUGGUGAUUCUUCUCUUAAAUUUUGCAAAUUAUUAAUUUUUAUCUCUACUUAUAUGAGAAAAUUUUAAAAAUUUUCAGCAUCUAAUUCUAUGUGAGCAGGACAUUGGAUGAUGAGAUAUAAAGUAUUAGCUGCUUAACAAUUUUUCCACUCUAUUUCUUCUGAAAUGGGUAGUACAUUACAUUAAGUAUCUUUUUGUCAUAUUCUUUUCAAUCAAUCAAUCAACUAUGCAGGGUAACCAUUUUCAUUUUUUUUUUCUUUUUCAAUAAUUGAAAAUUUAUUUGCUCAAGGAAAAAUUUUGUUGGAAAUUUCUGUGUGCCUUAUGUUCUUGACAAAUGACAUGAUAAUGGAUAUGAAUUCUGAAUGAUUUUGACUGGUCUUUCACUUUCUUCAUUUAUACAAUGGCUCAUCAAGAAUGAAGAAUCACAGGGUUACAGUGUUUACAUCCCUGCAAUUCUGAUAAAUUGGAAAGUGGUGAACAAAUGCAAAGGGUGUCAAAUCCAUUGGCAGAAGUUAUUAGGGACUAUCAGAAACCAAACAAGAUGUCAUGGCAGCAAUUACUUGCAACCCGACUUCUUUUGAUAUGCAAAAAGCUGUAACAAAUUGGUGGAAAUCAAGAAGUACGCAUGGGUCCCAAAGAAGUGACCAUUUAGAGUACUCCUGGAUUUUAUGUCUAUGUUUGGCUGGUAAUAUCUAUCUAGACUCUAGAGACAAUGCAACAUCUUACCUCCCUUGAAAAUUGAGAAGGUAGUGGUUUUGUGUGGAGUUUUGCUGUUGAAUGAUGAAGAAGGCUAGACUGUGGAGAUAUGCAACCAUAUGUUACUUUCCAACAUGAUUGAAUGCUUUUUGCCCAUUGCGAGACAAAUGAACUUCACUCAUCACAAAAAAGUUAGGCAUCUUAUGAUCCUACCUUCAAAUUCAACAGAGUUUAGAUGGUAGAUUUUUGAAGUUAUGUAUAAUCUGUAUGUUUAUAAUUGUAAAGGUUUUUUGUUUUGAAGUUUGUAAUUGAGAGAAGCUACUACGGUGGCCCAUUCUCUUGCUAGAGCAGCCAUUGGGAUAGCGCCCCCAGGCUCCUUGUGUACCGUUCUUCUUUUGAAUGUUCUCUUCCAUGUUUUUUUUUAACUUGACAUUUUACAUUCUGGGUUGGGUAUAAAUGGUAAGUCUAUUGGCCUGAGUUUAACCA